AUGCAGACUGCUUCUACAAACAUUGUGAAAGAAUGGGUCGCUCUAAGGAGCUCAGGGAAUUCAAGUGUGGUACCGUGAUAGGUUGCAACCUGUGCGAUAAAUCCAUCCAUGAAAUUUCCGUGCUACUAAAUAUUCCACGGUCAACUGUUGGUGGUAUUAUAACAAAGGGGGAGCAACUGGGAACAACAGCAACUCAGCCAUAAAGUGGUAGGACAUGUAAAAUGACAGAGUUAGGUCAGCGCAUGCUAAAGUGCACAAGUCGCCAACUGUCUGCAGAGUCAAUAGCUAAAGACCUUCAAACUUUGUGUCGCCUUCAGAAUCUAGGAGCACAACAGAGCGUAGAGAGCUUCAUGGAAUGGGUUUCCAUGGCCGAGCAGCUGCAUCCAAGUCUUACAUCACCAAGUGCAAUGCAAAGCGUUGGAUGCAGUGGUGUAAAGCAUGCUGCCACUGGACUCUAGAGCAGUGGAGAUGUUCUCUGGAGUGACGAAUCAUGCUUCUCUGUCUGGCAAUCUGAUGGACCUGUCUGGGUUUGGCAGUUGCCAGGAGAACUGUACUUGCCUGACUG